AUGGAUGAGACUUCUCUUGGCAUAGAUCUUAACGUCAGUCCCUUCUACAAAACGGAUGAUACCCCACAGAUGAAUGAUGAUCUAGUUGGGGGACUAAACCAGAUGCGCUUAAAGAACAAGAAGCUAAGGGAGAUGAUAACAGUUGUUUUGGACAACAGCAAUUCCCUCCAAAAUCAUGUUAACAAAUUAAUGCAAGAACACGAUUUAUUGGUCUCUAAUACAAACAAAAGGAAGUUUGGUGAGUGUGACGAUCGCAACACCACUGAGAGCAGGAAGAGUCUUCAUCAAGAGUCGUUGAAAAGUACAAACGAUGGCGUGACAAAAUUUUAUAGACGUACAGAUCCAUCUGAUAAAAGCAUGAUAAUAAAAGAUGGUUAUCAGUGGAGAAAGUACGGACAGAAGGUUACCAGAGAUAACCCUUGCCCUAGAGCUUACUACAAGUGCUCCUUUGCACCAUCCUGCCCAGUCAAAAAGAAGGUACAAAGAAGCGUGGAUGAUGAUGGUCUUUUAGUCGCCAUCUAUGAUGGAGAGCACAACCACGAAAGCGCAGAGAGUGAACACAAGAUUCAGGCUAGUUACGAAAGGUUGAACACUCCAAAGGAGGUGGGGAGAUUUGAUGCGAUUUUUGUUGAACAGAUGGCUAAUUCCUUACGAAGAAACCCUGAUUUCAUUGAAGAGCUCGCUGUAGCCAUUUCAUCAAAGAUUUUAGAACACGAUGUGUUUUAA